GAAAGCUGUUUAAAGAAACAAUAAGUCUGAAUUCACACGGUACGCGAUGUUGGGGCGCUUCAGCAGCUGUGCGCAUUAAUUAGAAAUCAAAACAUUCGUUUCGUGCGGAAAAUUGACAAAAUUUAAGAGUAAACCGAUCCGGAUGUUGGAGUAGUCAUAAAAAGUGGUGAUCAAACGCAAUUUGCAAAACAAGCUCGGGUCAAAUCAAAGCAAAAAAAAAAGUUGAAUGAAAUCAGAGCACUAAGGAGAGCGAGUGAGAGAGAGAGGGAACAAAUAUAAAAAUUUAUUGUGUUGCAAUUAGCCAAAGUUACGAUAAUCCACAAACACACAUACGCAGCGACAACUCACACACACUCAGACAAGUAACAAAAUUAUUUCGGCAUUUUUAUAAGGUUUUUGUUUUUCUACAUGAGCCAGUGCACGCACUCAUACACACAUACAUCUACACGGAUGCAUGCACUCACACACACACAGACGUCCACAAGUCGCUGCUGAUAAAUUGAAUCGAAUUCAAAUUGGAAAGAGAACUUCUAAUUAGUGCACCAUAAACAUCAACCAAAACAACCACAGCAGCAACAAAUGCGUGAAAUGCAAAUGUAAAAUGAAUGACGAGCAAAUCGUGAAUGCGAAAAAUGCGCCCGCUGCCCCCGCUCAAGGCGCAGACCAUCUGAUUCAUCCGACGCAAUCGUUAUCGAUGCCAACAGGAGCAGCAGCCGACACAGCAACAACAAUGCAAUCGUUAUCGAUGCCUGCAGCAGAAGUAUCGGAAGAAUGGCAACCGCCUGUUGCCGUUGCCUCAGUGCGUCUGCCCAUUGAGGGCAUGACUUGCCAGUCGUGUGUGCGCAACAUUGAGAGCAAUCUCGGAGAGAAACCCGGUGUGCUGAAAGUGCGCGUUGAAUUAUCGGAGCACGCCGGCUACUUUGACUACGAUACCAGUGUAAUUACCGCCGCCCGCAUCGCACACGAAGUCGAUGAAAUGGGCUUCGAUUGCAGCUAUCAGCCGGAGCUGAGCACGCCCAGCAGCACAACGAACAUACGUGUCCUGGGCAUGACAUGUCAGUCGUGUGUGCGCAACAUCGAGGGACACAUUGGCAACAUAAAUCCGGCCAUUCAGCACAUCGAGGUGCAGCUGGCGGAGAAGAAUGCUCGGGUGCGCUACAAUCCGGAGGAGUUGACGGCUGCCCAGAUUGCCGAAAUGAUCGAUGACAUGGGCUUCGAUGCCAGCGUUGCCACAGAUCCCGCACAACUGUCCACAACAACCACAACCACCACCUCAGCAACCACCACAACUGCCUCACCAAAGUCGACGCCGUCGCCUGUGCUGGAGAAGAAACCUUCGCCAGUCAGGCAACAGGUGAAUGGCAAUGCCACGUUGGUGCCCAUUGAACAGGAGCUGCUGACCAAGUGCUUCCUCCACAUACGCGGCAUGACCUGUGCCAGCUGUGUGGCCGCCAUUGAGAAGCACUGCAAGAAGAUCUACGGUCUCGAUAGCAUUCUGGUGGCUCUGCUCGCUGCCAAGGCGGAGGUCAAGUACAAUGCGAAUGUCUUGACCGCGGAGAACAUUGCGAAAUCCAUCACUGAGCUCGGCUUUCCCACGGAGCUCAUCCAUGAGCCCGACAACGGCGAGGCCGAGGUGGAACUCGAAAUCACCGGCAUGACCUGCGCCUCCUGUGUCCACAAGAUCGAGACGCAUGUGCUCAAGCUGCGCGGCGUCACCGCAUCAUCCGUCACGCUGCUCACCAAGCGGGGCAAAUUCCGAUACAUCACGGAGGAGACGGGACCACGAAGCAUCUGCGAGGCCAUCGAGGCGCUGGGAUUCCAGGCGAAGCUGCUCAGCGGCAGGGAUAAGAUGGCCCACAACUAUCUGGAGCACAAGGAGGAGAUACGUAAGUGGCGCAACGCCUUCCUCGUCUCGCUGAUCUUCGGUGGUCCCUGCAUGGUGGCCAUGAUCUACUUCAUGCUCGAGAUGAGCGACAAGGGACACGCGAAUAUGUGUUGCCUCGUUCCUGGGCUCUCGAUGGAGAAUCUGGUGAUGUUCCUGCUCUCGACACCGGUGCAAUUCUUUGGCGGCUAUCACUUCUAUGUGCAAUCGUAUCGCGCCAUCAAGCAUGGCACCACCAACAUGGAUGUUCUCAUCUCGAUGGUCACCACCAUUUCGUAUGUUUACUCCGUCGCCGUGGUCAUCGCAGCUGUGCUCAUGGAGCAGAACAGCUCACCGUUGACGUUCUUCGAUACGCCGCCGAUGCUGUUGAUCUUCAUCUCGCUGGGACGUUGGCUGGAGCACAUUGCCAAGGGCAAGACAUCGGAGGCGUUGUCCAAGCUUCUCUCACUGAAGGCAGCCGAUGCGCUGUUGGUGGAAAUCUCGCCGGACUUUGACAUCAUCAGUGAGAAGAUCAUCUCGGUGGAUUAUGUGCAACGUGGCGACAUCCUCAAGGUGAUCCCAGGCGCCAAGGUGCCAGUGGAUGGCAAAGUCCUCUACGGUCAUUCCAGUUGCGAUGAAUCCCUCAUCACCGGCGAAUCGAUGCCGGUGGCAAAGCGCAAAGGCGCCGUCGUCAUCGGCGGUUCCAUCAAUCGCAACGGCGUGCUCCUCGUCGAGGCAACGCACACCGGCGAGAACACAACUCUCGCUCAGAUUGUUCGUCUCGUCGAGGAGGCUCAGACCUCGAAGGCUCCCAUCCAACAGCUCGCGGAUCGCAUUGCCGGCUACUUUGUGCCCUUCGUGGUCGCCAUCUCGAGUGUCACGCUGAUUGGCUGGAUCAUUGCGGGCUUUGUCAAUCCGGAUCUUGUGCCCGUGGCCAUGGAGCAUAAGAUGCACAUGGAUCGCAACACGAUUGUCAUUAGCUAUGCCUUCAAGUGUGCCCUCAGUGUGCUCGCCAUUGCCUGUCCCUGUGCCUUGGGUCUGGCCACGCCCACCGCCGUCAUGGUGGCCACUGGCACGGGGGCAACCAAUGGAGUGCUGGUCAAAGGUGCCACCGCCCUGGAAAAUGCCCACAAGGUCAAGACUGUGGUCUUCGACAAGACGGGCACCAUCACGCAUGGCACACCGAUGACCAGCCGGGUGACGCUCUUUGUGCCGCCGCAGAUCUGCAGUUUGGCACGGGCUCUCACCAUCAUUGGGGCUGCGGAGCAGAACAGCGAGCAUCCGAUUGCCUCGGCGAUUGUGCACUUUGCGAAGGACAUGCUGAACGUGCAGACGAGCUUCGGGAAGAGCGACAACUUCCAGGCGGUGCCGGGAUGUGGAAUACGCGCCACCGUCUCCAACUAUGAGCAGGCGUUGCGACAGGCGUGCAACGCGGAGCGUAUCAUCAACUACGAGAACAAAUGGCGUACGAAUCCACAGACUGCGGUGGCCAUCGACAAUGGGGCGAGCAUCGAUCAGCUGCCGCAGUUGCCGCACAAGAUCAUCGAGCAGCAGCUGCUCGCCCUGGAUGGCGCCCUGGAGGAGGAGCAAAAGCUACAGCAGCAGCAGCAACAACAGGAGCAACCGUUGAUCGAUGGCCCCGAGAUUCGGGUGCUCAUCGGGAAUCGCGAGUGGAUGCAACGCAAUGGCAUCGAGGUGCCGCUCGAGAUUAGCGACUGCAUGACGCGCGAGGAGCAAAAGGGACACACGGCUGUGCUCUGUGCCCUCAACGAGCAGCUGGUGUGCAUGUUUGCCGUCGCCGACAUGGUCAAGCCGGAGGCCCAUCUCGCUGUCUACACGCUCAAGAAGAUGGGCAUCGAUGUGGUGCUGCUAACGGGCGACAACAAGCACACCGCAGCGAGCAUAGCAAGAGAGGUGGGCAUUCGCACUGUGUACGCCGAGGUGCUGCCAUCGCACAAGGUGGCCAAGAUCCAGCGCAUCCAGCAGCGUGGCAUCCGCGUCGCGAUGGUCGGCGAUGGCGUCAACGACAGCCCAGCGUUGGCCCAGGCCGAUGUGGGGAUCACGAUUGCGGCUGGAACCGAUGUCGCUGCUGAGGCCGCUGACAUUGUGCUGAUGCGGAACGAUCUUCUCGAUGUUGUCGCCUGUCUCGAUCUCUCGCGUUGCACUGUGCGUCGCAUACGCUACAAUUUCCUGUUCGCCAGCAUGUACAAUUUGCUUGGGAUUCCUUUGGCCAGCGGAUUGUUUGCGCCCUUCGGUUUCACGCUCCAGCCGUGGAUGGCAUCGGUGGCGAUGGCUGCGAGUUCGGUGAGCGUUGUUUGCUCCUCGCUGCUGCUGAAGAUGUAUCGCAAACCGACGGCGAAGACGUUACGCACCGCCGAAUAUGAGACACAAUUGGCCGCGGAGCGAGCUCGACGCCAUGGCUCCGAGUCGGAGAUGGACAAGUUGUCGCUGCAUCGCGGCCUCGACGAUCUGCCCGAUGUGAUGAAUGGCAAACGCUUGACGUACAAGCGAUCGAACACUUCGCUGAUUUCACGCAUCUUCAGCAACACGAAUGACAAUGACAAGCAUGAGGAGGGACUCCUGCAGGAUUGCUCCAAUGAACGGACGCCACGCAUCCUGCAGAGCAAUCAACGUUAUCUCAGCGACACCACGGAGCUGCAGAAGCUCUAAAGAAAAACAAAAACACGCGCGACCAAAAUUCUUUACAGUGAAUUAAAUUAGAAAUAUGCAAACUACAAAUUACAACUAACAAGUAAUAAAUAAUGCUAUAAUCUUAACGUGUAAUUGUAACUGUAAAUGUGUAUAAAAUGCGAUUAUGAAAAUCGCAACAAACGAGACAAACCCCCAAAAAGAACAAUAACAAUUACUUUAGUUUAUUUUUUUUUUUUGUGACUUUCCUUCCCAUUUUUUUUGUUUGUUUGUUAUAUAUUAUUCCUUCCUAUUUUUUAUAUAUGUAUGUUUUUGUUAAGAAUUCUUGAUUAUAGUUAAGUUCACUGUGAAAUCAUAGAACAAAGUAUACAAAAACCAAAAAAAAAACAACAAUUAACAAAACAA